GGAGGUGAUAUAGACAUCAUCAGCGUCAUGGAAGCCGAUGUCGCUUACUUUGCAAUUUUUCUUGUGCCUUUCGUCCUCAGUGGUUAAGUUGUGUUUUCGAUCGUCUGUCUUUUGUUCGCUCCUCGUUUAGUUCAAAUAUCUCGCUCAGCUUUUGUUCCUUCUCUUGCCUUUCGAAUUUGUUUAGUAUCCCCCGCCUUUUCUCUUUGGCUCAUUUGUUUUAUUUUAAUUACUAAUCGUUAGUACGUCAUGUUCGCACUCGUGCGCUUUGUCCACGAAGAGGACAACCGUCUUCACAUCGUGCACGUUGACGACGUAGAGGGAUUCGACCCAAAUCAUGAAACAGAUUUCGAUAAUCGAUUGCUGUAUUCUGUCAUGUGGCGGGACGACAUCAAUGAAGAAAACACGGGAACGUACAGUGGACAGAUCUUGAUGUUGGACCGCACACGAGACGGCUUGGAGAAACGUCAAAUGGCAAAGAGGGUGCACAUACCAAAGCUCUACGUGGACGACGACACGACUGAAGAUGAAGAAGAUAAAAAGAAAGAAAGAAAGAGGCGAAAGCAUCAUCGUGCCACCGCGAAGUCAAUGGCGUAUGAAGAAAUCUUACAGUCAAAUGUGAAGGCUGCGUUAAUCGGCAAUGAAUGUCUUCCAACGAGCCAAGCUGGACAAAGAAAGGGUGCAAAACGGACACGAACUCCGUCGAGUUCUUCGUGUGAGAGUGACUCGCUUUGCUCUAGGAGCGAGUUGCUUCAGGCAAUAAAAGAAAAAAAAAUUUGGAAGCAAAGAGCCCUCGACCUGCAGAAUCAAAACCGAAAACUUCUCGAACAAACAACGUCGUUGACACGCUGCCUCCAGUCACAGAUAUUUAACCUGGAAGCGAGGUUGAAAGUCCACCCAUCUGGCAGGCCUGCAAGCCCUGCAAGCUCUGAAAUGGCCCAAAUUGCACUUGAAGGGGAUGGUGAAAGACAUGACCUGCCAGAAACUCCACAAGCACUGCGGGGUAUUUCACAUGCGGAACCCACUGCAUCACAGCCCGCCCAGACUGAAGCACAGAAGCCAAACUUUUCGUAUACGGAAAACGGCUUUUUUCACCUAAAAGAUGGCUUCUGCAUUUCUGGAGCGCAAGCAGCUAAAAUCUUUGCAAACAAAAAAGGGACGCUUGUGUGUAAGGAUACUGUGCAGGCUCUGUGGAGUAAUACGGUCCUUGCCACAAGGAGCGUAAGCGGCAAUGUAGCCCCCAGGAAGAGGGCAUUGGGCGAGCUGCCGAAACAGCAGUUAACCCCAAAGAAGGUGGACGUCGUAGUGGCCACAAUCCAGCACUGGGGCCAAAAAAAGAAUGUGGAUGUGUCGGACACACUUAAGAACUUGUCAAGGCUCCUGACUGAAAAAAUACAAGAUGUCUCGAAGGCCCUUCGGAAGAUCGAGUUCAAGUAAAUAAAAAAAGCUGAACUGCC